GGUCUUCUCCAUCCCCCUCCUCACGCACCCAGGUCAGGAGCUUUCCUAGCCAGCCUCUCCCAGCCACCAUGUCCAGGCAGUCCACCAUCACCUUCCAGACCGGCAGCCGCAGGGGCUUCAGCACCUCCUCCGCCACCACCCCAACCACCAGCCGCUCCCGCUUCAGCUCGGUCUCAGUGACCCGCUCUCCUGGGGGCAGCGGAGGGCUGGGAAAGAUCAGUGGCGCUGGGGCUGGCUUUGGAAGCCGCAGCCUCUACAACCUCGGGGGGACCAAGCGGGUCUCCAUCGGUGGGUGUGGCAGCAACUUCCGAAGCGGCUUUGGUGGCAGGGCAAGUGGCGGGUUUGGGGUCAGCGGUGGAUUUGGCUAUGGGGGUGGGAUUGGAGGGAGUUAUGUGGGCUCCGGGUUCUCCGUCUGCCCCUCCGGAGGCAUCCAAGAGGUCACGGUCAACCAGAGUCUCCUGACUCCCCUCAACCUGCAAAUCGACCCCACCAUCCAGCGGGUGCGGAAAGAGGAGCGGGAACAGAUCAAGACCCUCAACAACAAGUUCGCCUCCUUCAUCGACAAGGUGCGGUUCCUGGAGCAGCAGAACAAGGUCCUGGAGACCAAGUGGAGCCUCCUGCAGGAGCAGGGCACCAGGACUGUCAGGCAGAACCUGGAGCCCCUCUUUGACGCCUAUGUCAAUGACCUCCGGCGGCAGCUGGACAAUGUCACCACUGAGAGGGGCAGGCUGGACGCUGAGCUGAGGAAUAUGCAAGAUGUCGUGGAAGAUUUCAAAGUCAGAUAUGAGGAUGAAAUUAACAAGCGCACGGCUGCCGAGAAUGAAUUUGUAGCUCUGAAGAAGGAUGUGGAUGCUGCCUACAUGAACAAGAUGGAGCUGGAGGCCAAGGUCAACUCUCUGACUGAUGAGAUCAACUUCUUGCGGAUGCUCUUUGAAGCAGAGCUGUCCCAAAUGCAGACACAUGUCAGCGACACAUCGGUGGUCCUGUCCAUGGACAACAACCGCAGCCUGGACCUGGACAGCAUCAUCGCCGAGGUCAAAGCGCAGUAUGAGGACAUCGCCAACCGCAGCCGGGCCGAGGCUGAGUCCUGGUACCAGACCAAGUAUGAAGAGCUGCAGGUCACAGCCGGGCGGCACGGCGACGAUCUCCGAAACACCAAACAAGAGAUCUCUGAGACAAACCGGAUGAUCCAGAGGCUGAGAGCCGAGAUCGACAGCGUCAAGAAGCAGUGCGCCAGCCUGCAAACAGCCAUCGCCGACGCAGAACAGCGUGGAGAACUGGCCCUCAAGGAUGCACGGGCCAAGCUGGUGGACCUGGAGGAUGCCCUGCAGAAGGCCAAGCAGGACAUGGCACGGCUGCUGCGCGAGUACCAGGAGCUCAUGAACAUCAAGCUGGCUCUGGACGUGGAGAUCGCCACCUACAGGAAGCUGCUGGAGGGCGAGGAGUGCAGGCUGAGUGGAGAGGGGGUUUCUCCAGUUAACAUCUCUGUGGUCACCUCCACCGUCUCCAGUGGCUACGGAGCUGGCAGCGGCAUUGGUGGCAGCAGCCUCGGCGUCAGUGGGGGCAGCAGCUACUCCUUCACCACCAGUGGUGGGCACAGUCUGGGGACGAGCCUGGGGGGCUCUGGCUUCAGUGCCAGUAGCAGCCGGGGCCUCAGGGGCAGUGGCUCCAGCGUCAAGUUUGUCUCCACCAUGUCCUCCAGCCGGAAGAGCUAUAAGCACUAAGGGCAGCCGCCCCUUACCUUCGGCCCUGCCCUGAAGCCAGCUCCUCCCACUCACCUGGCCUGUCUGCACUUGCUCCUGCUCACCUGGGGGCUUCUCCUACAUCUUCCUUCUGAGAGGCCCACCUGUGCUGCUGGGAAGCCUGGCAUUCCAGCUAAACCCCGUUCCCCAGCCCAAGCUAGCCUCUGCCCUCCCAACAGUCCCCAGAGGGCUCCUGGUACCGCUCAGUGCCAAAGCCUUCUCUCUUUCAAAAUUCACAGUAGGCUUGUCUUUUGGAGAUUCCCCAUCAGCUCCGCCCCUCUCCCUCCCUUCCGAUGCAGUGAUGAGCAGUCUGUGUCUCCUGUGCCAUCUCAAUGUCAACCCACCUGGCUCACAGUGCUUAUGAGCUGCGUGGGAGUACAGUCUCCCUCUCUUUCCUCCCUGGACUGUGUCUAUUAAAUGCAUUUGUAAUG